GCAAACAGAAAGGCCCGGUUCACUUCCAUCUGAAGGGAAGCAAGAAAGUCUCCGCGCUCUUGCAGGGUGCAUUUGCCAUUAGUUCCCCAGCUAAGAAGGGAUGCUACGGGACGUUUGUCAUGCAGAGCUGCUUGAGUUCAUACAGCCGCUGGAUCCGGGAGAAACUUCACUCCCACAGAGGCAAGAGCAUGGCAUCGCCCGCAUUUCUUCUGCCAGGAGUCUCACCUGGUGCGAGGCUCUUUCUCCUCGGCUGUCUGGUCUCUCCCCGGCAUUCCAGUCAGUGCCGGUAACCUCUUUGGAGAAAGCGCUGCUCGAUGAAGGAGGCGCGUCUCGCAAAGGUCCCCUACAAAGAGGAAAGGAGAAAACUUCAGACAAGUUGCGUUUCUGACACGGUUUUGGUCCGACUCUUCCUGACUGUGGGGCAGAAACAAAAGGACUACAUCAAAUAGCUGAGACUUACAGUGACAUGCACAGCUCUCAGGGAGUAAAUGCUUUCUGCAAACUGCCUGCCAGUUUUUACCUCUGUUUUUAGCUGCUUGCACUCUCCAGAAAGUUAGCAAUCUGAAGUACCUCAGAUGCCUACCUCCAAGUUUCUUUUUUCCUCUGAACUAUCUAAUUUGUUUAAUGAGGCCCAGUCAAUGGAAAUCAAACUGAUAAUCCAGUAAUAAAAAUUGAUAAAUUUUUGAGAGUUGCAAAACUGACAACAGGUGAUUAAUGCUCUAAUCAGAUCAAUAAUACUUUUGAAUUUCAUGUUCUACAUUUUAUUAGUCCAGCUACUGCAGAACCUCAAAGAAAUGUUUGUCACUACUUAUGAAUCCCAACAGCAUGAUUUUAGAAAUUAGAACCAGGGUUCAGGAACGCACUAGCUUAUCUUCUGAAACUCUGGUUGUAACCAGUUUAUUUAAGAGAAUCUACUCCAAAGGAUCGUUUCACUCAAAACAUAUGCAAAGAUGUGGCUCUGAGGCUGCUGCUGUUGGCACAGUUUUGUGUUCUUCAAUUGCAGGAUGGUCUACGUACCCUUAUAGGAUGCACCUUUCUCAGAGGGCUUCAAACUUCAUUUUUGCACAAGUGUUGGCAGAGCUUAUCAAUAGAGCUCUAGACUAGGUUUGAAUGGAAAACUGGCUAAAACCAAUCUGAGCAGGUGUAAGACGGGAUAGCACACCAACAUUUUAGAGAGUGCGUGCUAACGAGACCCUUGAGUGUUUUUCAUGACAUGCCGAGUGUAAUGGAGCACAUUUGAAAUAUUUGUACACCAAUGUAAGCAGCAUGAGGAACAAGGAAGAGAAGCUAGAUGUCUUGGGUCAGAACCAGAGAGAUGUCAUCCUUGGUAUAACUAAAACCUGGUUGGAAGAGUUUUGUGACUGGUGUGUCAUAAUGGACUGACAUUUCCAGGCUCUUCAGAAGGCUUCUUAUGUUUUUUGUUUUUGUUUUUGUUUUUGCUUUUUUCCCAGAGGAGCAAACAAUAAAAAUCGGAAGGGAAAAAAAUAACACCUACAGUACAAUAUUUGUCACCUUUAUAAAAUCGUGAAGACUUUCCAUUAUUCUGGAAUACAGUCAGGUUUCUUGAAGGAGUGGUAAAAUGAACGUUUAGCACAGCAACUGUAGACAAAGAGCCAGAUAUUCACAAGCAAAUAGUGAAAACACCACUAACAAGACAGCAGUCUGCACUGCUGUAGGGAAUUCCUGUAUUUUCAGUCCUCCAACAGCACCCUGCUCUCUCCUCACCCCCAGCUCUUGACAAGAUCCCAUUGAAAACCAAAGACGAUGGAGGGAGAAGAGCUGCCUGGGCUUUUGGUAAAUGAAAUCGGAGGAGUGCAUGGGAUACUGCAUGAGCAUGUGGAGUUUCUGAAGAAGCACUUCUGCCUCAUCACUAUGAAGGAAUUUCUUGAAAGCAAAAAGAAUAUGAGAAAAAAGGUCCAAGCAAUCUAUUUGUGGUGGCACAAACCAGUCAUUGACAAAGACCUCCUCCAGAGCCUGCCAAACUUGAAAGUGAUUGCAAAUUCAGGAGUAGGAAUGGAUCAUCUGGAUCUGAAACUUGUAUCUGGCUUUGGUGUGAAAAUGGCUAAUGCUCCACGUGCUGUCUCCAGUAGCACAGCAGAUACUGGGAUGGCUUUGCUGCUGGCAUCUGCUAGAAGACUAGUAGAAGGCUAUCAUGUUGCCGUUUCCCCGGGUAUGGAGUACUGUGAGGCUGAUUUUCUUGGAGCUGAAGUUACUGGAGCUACUCUGGGGAUCAUUGGCAUGGGCAGCAUUGGAUAUAAGAUUGCUCUGAGAGCCAGAGCGUUUGAGAUGAAGAUUUUGUACCACAACAGAACACGGAGGAAAGAGCAGGAAGAGCAAGCUGUUGGUGCCAUUUACUGUGAAAAGAUGGAUGAUUUGCUCUGCCAGGCAGAUUUUGUGAUGGUGGUGGUGAGCCUGACGCCUCAGACACACAAGCUGAUCGGGAAAAGAGAGAUGGAACUGAUGAAACCCACAGCUACUCUCGUUAACAUCAGCCGAGGUGCCGUGGUGGACCAAGAGGCAUUGGUGAUAGCUCUGCGCACUGGUGUUAUCGGGGCUGCAGCUUUGGACGUCACCUACCCAGAGCCGCUGCCCAGAGAUCAUCCAUUAUUGAAACUGAAGAAUGUAAUUAUAACACCUCACCUUGGCAUUAAAACAGACAAGGCUACCCGCAUGAUAACAGAGGAAGCAGUUGAAAACAUAUUAGCAGCUCUUACUGGUCUUCCCAUGCCUAGUGAAGUGUUCCCGAGCUGAAGAACAAAAGGAGCUCUAAAUAUUUCUGUUCUUUUCCUUUUCCCAAUCAGCUCUAAAUGCUUUUAUUUCUUUUUUUUCCCCCCCAUUAGGAGACACCUGUUCAGAAUGGGCAGGGAGAACUCUGGCCGAGUCUCACAUGUAAUGAGGCCUUUACAAUUUUAAUUUCCUUGUGAAAGGACAAACUGCUCCUCACUUCCAGCUGUGGAAAAAUGCAUGCAGGCUUUUAAAGGCUCUGGGAGAAAUAACUUCUGAUUGCCUACUUACUUGCAGGUUUUGAAAGGCUCCCUAGAAAUGAUGUUUUAAUUUGUUUUAAAAUGUCUCAGCAUUCUGUCCUAGUCCUAGAAAACUUUGGAACUAGUAUGUCUGACUAAAGGAAAGAGGUAACACAAAAGGGAAAAUAGCAAUUUUACAUCAGUAUUUUAAAAAAUAUAUAGGAGUCCUAAAGAACAUGUCUGUUUAGAUUACAUAGUUCACCUCAUUCAUACUGUAUUAGAUAUCAAAGCAAACAGUGCAAGCUACCUGCUAGAAAUAUUAGUCACCUUCUAUAUGGAAGUCUCCUUCUAAAGUAGCACCUGAGACCUGAAAUGCUGAGACAAAUAUCAAUUUUCAGAAACACGCUCAGUAUCAUUUAUUCCAAGCAGAAGAUCUGAGCUGACAGUUUGAAGUAUUAGUUGCAAACAACAGCACUAAUGAAAAACAGUCUCCAAAAUGGACGUGCUGCCAUGUUUGGAAUACCAAACUUACUUGAGGUCUACCUUUAGUAUUUUCAACUUAGCACUAAAUAUUCGGAAGAAUGCUUGUAAGACUCCAGCAACACUCUAUAACUCAGAAGGAACACGAGAAGUGGUUUGAGAAAACAAACACCAUUGAAGCCCAAGUCAGUAAGAUUUCCUUUGUGUCACUGCUUCUGCAGGAAUAACUAUAUUUGAAGCGAGACACAACAGUGAGCAUCAGUACUACAAAGAUUAGAAAUAGCAAGUUGACAAACUGUUUUUAAGGCUGCGAUUACCAUAGUAAAAAAGCAAUAUGCCAUGGCAUUACCACACUAGAAACAGCAUCUCUAAUGCAAUUAAUUAUUUCAAUUUCCGCAGGAAAACUCUCUCUCUGAAUAGAAGAAUGUUCAUCCACCUCACUAAAACUUAUGUACACUCUGCUGUCUUAAAAUACAAACUACCAGUGCACAA